GUUCACGUGUUGUACUGUUGUUUACUAGAAGACCUAAAAGCCAUCAUGGGGGACGAUACAGCCACGGAGGUUCAGGAAAUUAUCACCAAAGCCAACGAAGAACUCAAGUCUAUCGAGGUUCAUAAGGAAAUACAACUUGAAUGUGACUUGGGCAACUUAUUGGUGACAGAUAAGAACACAGUAAAUGAAAACUUAUUGAGAGACGAAAAUGAGUGUGAUGCGUACCUGCGUGGUGUGGCCCGUGAUAGUAUACAGGCUCUACUAACAAAAGUGUGGGACUUAACAACUCAGCAGAUUGACAACGCCCUCUAUGUCACGCUACCCAAACCUACCACCAGAUUACCCAGAGAAAAACCCGCACCAAAGGGUAGACAAAUAACAAAAUGGGAACAGUACGCCCGAGAUAAAGGUAUACAGCGCAGGAAGAAGGACAAGAAAAUGUGGGAUGAUGUUCUUAAGCGAUGGGUACCCAGGUAUGGCUAUCGUAAAAUACAAGCGGAGAAGGAGAAGAACUGGGUGAAGGAAGUGCCCGAUCACGGAGACCCAUUCGAGGACCAGUUUGCCAAGGUCGCGGAGAUGAAGAAGGAAAAUAUCGCCAAGAACGAAUUCCAGCGAUUGAGAAACAUUGCCAAGAGUCAGAAGGUGAAGGUUCCCAACGUGGGCGUCACCGGUAACGAAUACGCCUCAACCAAAGACCUUGGGUUAGCCAUGCACUAUGCACGACACGCAACAGCUUCCAUGGGCAAGUUCCAACCAAAUCUUCCCGACGAGAAGAAGACUAAAGGUUUGGGUAAGAAGCGUAAACAGGAACAGACGACGGGUGACGGACAGGCCGAGAAGAAACGCUACAUGGAGGUCCUCGACAAAAUGGAGAAGCCGGACCUGAAUCUUGAAGGUGCCAUCCACAAACAGAUCAGCGCUGAAAACGUCGAAAUGGACCUCAUGCGUAAGGGCGGCAAGAAGUUCCGCAGAAGGUCGAAGAUGGGCGGCCGACACAGAACCAAGUCAGACCACAGAGGUGUUAAGUUAGGCAAAGGCAUGAUGAACCCUAAGCUAAAGAAGAAGGGAGGUGGUGGUGGUGGUGCUGCUGCUGCUAAGGCUGGUGGUGGUGGUAAGGGUAAGGCUGGUGGGCUGGGAGGAGGGAGAGGUGAAGUCAAACAUUUAGAUGCACUCCACAUCAUCAGUUAA